ACUCAUUCAAGAGAUAGAGUCAAGAUGAGAAAAGUUCAGGAGCACCUGAAGCAAUGAGCAGCAAAGCACAUCAGCAUCGUUUUCAUCUUUUCGUUUCCAUCAGCGAUAUCUAUUAACCAAAUUAUGAAAUGACAUAAUUUUUUUUGUUUGUUUUUUGCCACUAUGGGUCAACAUUUUUUACUUCAAAACAGUGUCUUCGGUGCAAGUGUCUUGUUCGCUGUGCUCGUUUCGAUCCCUCGUGGGAACUCUGACUGUGCAGUGUGCCAAUAUAAGACAAGCUCCUCAACCUCAGACAUCACUUUGUUUGUGGGGGACAGCUCCUCCUGCAGUGUGCAGAACAACAGCAUUACAAGCGCUCAGAAUAGCCUCACAGUAACUGGACUGCUGCCUGGAAACACGUAUUACUUCAAGAUCAACUGUUCAGGCGUGUGCUGCGCAAACCUCUCGACCAACUAUUCCAGCAAUCUGACUUUCACGCAGCCCAACUCCACCUCAGUGUAUGUGAACUGGACAGGCCAGUUUCCACUGAUCAAUCAGUCUUUUACUCUCCGCCCUGAGUCUGUUAGUAACCUGUCUGUGAACUCCAUCACUGUGAGCUCAGUGAACCUGGACUGGACACUUCCAAAUGGCAUCAGCCUGUAUUAUAGAGUAGCUUGGGGUGUAAACCUAGUCACUACUAACCAGACCUCCAUGCUAAUCUCACAACUUGCACCCGGCACCAAAUACACCUUCAGCGUCACCUCGGUGGCCUCUGAUAACCGCACUGAGGGCCGCGCUGCUGAGAUUUCCCAAAACACAAGUCCAGCACAAGUGGAGAAUAUCACUGUGCUGAGUUCCAGUAACAGCAGCUUGACCGUGUUCUGGCCAGUCCCUCUUGGUCAUGUGGACUCGUAUAUGGUGAACGUAUCUGGUGCUGAACUGAACACAUCCCUCACCUGUAGCCCUCCCAUCAACUCUUCAGUCAUCAGUAACCUCAUGGCAGGACGUCUUUACAACCUCACCGUGACCACCAUCAGCGGAGUCCUGAGGAACAGCUCUAACAUAGUGCUGGUUGCCACUAAGCCUAACCCACCCGAAGCUGUCCGAGUGAGUGAACAGACAAAUGUGUCUGUUUCUUUGCUCUGGUCGAAACCCUUAUUAAUGGAUGGAGUCGCUGUGUCCUAUGAAGUGUCAUAUAGGUCUAUCCAAGGGGUCAACCUAACUUUGAAUCAAACAUACUCUUUAAAUGCGACGCUCACAAAUUUAUUACCCGGCAGUCAGUACGACAUCUCUGUGGUCACCGUAGGAGUAAAAGAACUCAGGAGCUCAUAUAUAAACCUCCCUGCAUAUACAGCCUUUAAUGCAGUGCAAAAUCUGUAUGUUUCUGCUGUGAGCACCAAGUCGGUCAAUCUUACCUGGCUCCCCCCUAAUGGGACCUUCAGCCUGUUCUCCUACAGCAUCAACAUCACUUCACCUGAUCAGACUUUCAAUACCACAUCCAACAAUUAUCAGAUAACUUUGUUGCAGUCUGGGACUCAGUAUAACUGUAGCGUCAGAGCACUCAUAACAGCUGCCAACAUAUUUGGACCCUCUCAGCUCAUACAGUGUAAUACCAAGCCACUGCCAGUAACUAAUUUAACAGCCUCUCCUGUUGGCACCACUGAGAUGUAUCUUUCAUGGCUUCGUCAGACUGACUACAAAUCUUCAUAUCUGUAUAACGUGACUGUAAAUGGGGAACGAUGGAUACAGAGCACCAAUGAGACGGCAAAUUUCGUUACCCUAAUCCCCGGAAACAACUACACCUUUACUGUGCAAACUGUAGCAAACGGCUUGAGCUCUGAUUCUGUAACCAUCUUUGCAUUUACAGGGCUUGGUAAAGCAUCCAAUAUUUCUGCAGUUAGCACUACUCAGAGUAUGAGAGUGGAGUGGAGACCGCCUAAUGGCACUGUGAGUCUCUACAACGUCACAAUCUUGUUGAACGGAGCUGUUUUAAAGGCGGAAACCCGAACGAAUGCCACAGCCGUGGUGUUUUCAGACCUGCUGCCUGGAACUCAGUACAAUGUCGUUGUCACAAGUAUCAGUGGACCCACAAGACAAGACAGCGAUAGCGUAUCCAAUGCCACCUUGCCCACUCCUCCUGGCGAGUUUGUGAUAGUGCAGAGCACGAACUCGCUGAACAUCAGCUGGGCUCGACCACUUAACAUGAGCUCAGUAUCACACAGCUUCCAGCUGUCCUACAACAACACCACACUGACCUGUGGCCAAAACUACAGCUCUCUGACGGGACUCAGUGCAGGUGUCCAGUAUAACAUCAGCGUGAGAACUCUAGGUGCAAUGGGAUAUUUCAGCUCCCCUAUGUAUCGCACUGCAUAUACAAAUCCUACUGCUGUAAUUGAUGUAAGAGUGAUUGAAUAUACAGAGACUAGUAUAACUCUGAGGUGGCAGCAGCUUGAUGUUCAGCAAUCUGAUUACUCCUACCUGCUCACCUUCAAACACCCUAAUGGCACAGCCGACCAGAGGACUGUGAAUACCACCACAGCGCAGCUACCUUCACUUCAGUCGGCCAGUCAAUACAAUAUCAGCAUUGUCACACAGACAGCUGGUGGCACCAAGUCUGAUCCCCAGUUUAUAUCUGCCUGCAGUAAGCCGUUUCCAGUUUCCUCUGUUAACUCUGAUGUUCUGAAUGUUUCUGCUGUGAAGCUGAGCUGGUCUCGUCCUCAGCAGUACCUUAAUAGCUUUUCCUACCAGGUUUUCGUGUCCAGCCCCACAGAAAAUAUUACGAAUUUGACUACUUCAUCUGAAAACAUCACAGUUUCAAACUUGCAGUCUGGCACCCAGUAUCAGAUCAGUGUUUAUAGUUUCGCCUGUGGCAUUUUGGGACAACCAGUAAACAUUUUUGUCUUCACAAAGCCCUCUACAGUGGUUCCAAAACUAGAUAAUCAACGCUCUAAUCAGUCACUCUUGGUGACGUGGGAUCAUCCUGUUGGUGGGCUGGACUUAUACAUUCUGAACAUCAGCAGUGAAGGAUGGAGCAGCUCUGAAGUUCUCAAUAGCACUGAAAAUAAUCACACCUUCAGUCAACUAAAAGCAGCAACUGUCUUCACAGUCACUCUCACAACUGUCAAAGGAAAUUUCAGGGAAGCAUCUAAUGCAGUAAAUAUGGCAACUUGUCCAAACAGACCAGGAGAUAUUAAGAUCUUGUUGAAGACAAAUCAUUCAUUGCGGUUUCAAUGGGAUGAAGCUGAGAACAUGACGCCUGGCAGCUUCAACUACAUCCUGACCUACUUGCCCAGCUAUAAUACCAGUCAAUAUUCCACUCCUAAUAACACGUUCCUUCUGGACGGCUUGCGAUCUGGAACACCCUAUUUUGUUUCUGUGGCUACUGUAGGCCCGAUGGAUUUCCACAGUGACGCUAUUACAGUUCAACAAACCACCAAGCCUGACCCUGUCCAAAAGCUACAAGUUAUUGCCACAACAAUAAAUAACAUUUCUGUAAAUUGGGAAAAAGUGGAAGGGGUCCCAAAAUAUGUAGUAAGACUGUACAGGGAGAAGGAAGAGAAAAGCACAAUCACUGUAAAUGACAACAUGAUUAUACAGAGUCUGAUGCCUUCAACUCUCUAUAACAUCAGUGUGCAGAGCAGCACUCUUGACAACACAGAAGGACAAGCUGAGUGGCUGCAAGCAUGCACGGAUGCAGCUCCAGUGGAGAAUGUGAACUGUAUGGGUCCUGAUUUAACCUUUCCGAUGCUUACUGUCUCAUGGAGCCCUCCUCCUGGAAAUUACAAAGGCUUUAAUGUUAGGAUGAACUCGUCUGACACGACAAUGACCUUGAAUCUAACCCAUAACUUCACUGGACUUAAGUAUAACACUCUGUAUAAAGUCAUGCUCUGGACAGUUGGUUGUGGGAAGAGCAGCACUGGGGAAUCGAUCACCUGUAUGACUGGAAUCACAAAACCUGAUGUACCUAAAAUAACAGCAGUGAGUAUAUAUGAGCUGCAAUACAACAAGUUUACUUUGAAUCUUCAUUCGGACAUCUUUAAUGACUCAAACGGUCCUGUUCUCUAUUAUGGAGUGCUUGUCUACUCUGGCUCUAUUGAUUGCUUGGACAAGAGUAACACAUUUGAUCAAUGUCUGUUGAACACCUACGAGGACUGGAAGGCAAAGCGAUGCAGCACAUUCCUGGCUGUUGUCAGGAAACAGGGUCAAACAGGGUCUAGAACCGUACAGACGCAAACCAUCAGCAUUGGAGAUGAGACUAUGUGGGCAGGUUACAAAAAUGGAGAACUAAAUGCAAAAGACACUUACAAUUUUGCUGUCAUUGCUUUCACUCGUCUGGAGAUAAAGAACAGUUUAGUGGAUGUUUCUAAAUCAUACUACUCCGUGUCUGAGUUUUACCAAAGUCCUGUCACACUGCCAGAGAACCCAGUGGUGAUUGGAGCAGCAGCUGCAGGAGCUGGUGUUGCUGCUCUUCUUGUUGUAAUCAUCAUCGUGGUUGUGGUUUGUAGAGGGAAGCAAAGAAAAGAUGAUUCUACUAGUGUUCCUAUCCACUCCAUAAGAAACAAAGUGAGUAAUCCAAUAAAGGUGGAGGAUUAUGAGGCUUAUUAUAGGCGGCAGAGAGCUGAUUCCUUUUGUGGAUUUGCUGAAGAAUUUGAGGAUCUAAGGCCAGUUGGGAUAAAUCAGCCGAAGACUGUCGCUCAGGCCCCUGACAACAAAGCCAAGAAUCGUUAUAACAAUGUGCUGCCAUAUGAUUCAUCUCGUGUCAAGCUCUCUGUGCUCAGCAGCCCAUUUGACGACUAUAUUAAUGCCAGCUACAUGCCGGGUUACACAUCAAAGAAGGAGUUUAUCGCAGCCCAAGGGCCGCUGCCCUGCACUGUCAAUGACUUCUGGAGACUGAUCUGGGAGAAAAACAUACACACUAUUGUCAUGCUCACAAAAUGCAAUGAGCAAGGACGGGUAAAAUGUGAAGAAUACUGGCCAGCAGACAAAAAACAUUUCAACAAUCUGACAGUGACGAAUAUUUCCGAGAUCCCAUUGGAGGACUGGACUUUGCGUGACUUUGAAGUGAAAAACGUGAAAACAGCAGAGUCCCGAUCGGUUCGUCACUUCCAUUUUACCGCGUGGCCAGACCAUGGAGUUCCUGAGACCACUGAGCUUCUCAUCAACUUCAGACACCUGGUCCGGGAACACAUGGACCAGUACUCAAGACAUUCACCAACACUUGUGCACUGCAGUGCGGGUGUAGGUCGCACAGGAACCUUCAUUGCCAUUGAUCGCUUAAUCUAUCAGAUUGAGAGGGAUGGUGUAGUAGAUGUUUAUGGGAUCAUCCAUGAUUUACGCAUGCACAGACCACUCAUGGUUCAGACAGAGGAUCAAUAUGUGUUUCUUAACCAGUGCUCCAUGGACAUCAUCAAGUCUCGGACUGGAAACAAUGUAGACUUGAUCUACCAGAACACAGCUGCACUCACUAUAUAUGAGAACUUUGAACCCUUAAAAAAAGCCAAAAAUGGCUACCAUAAGGCCUGACCGUCUACCUUACAGUUUUCUGCACUGCUGUAAAAAAAAAAAAAAAAGUUUCUCUUUUAUUUUUUUAAAUUGUUUUAUUUAAAGAGGGAAAAAUAUUUAUUAAGAACUUUGUUUAUAAAGGUAUGCAGGUAUGCAGAAUAUUUUAAAAUGAGGUUUUAUCAAAUACAGAAAUGUAGCUGCAGGGAUGUUUUGUGAGAGUUUUGAUACAAUAAAACUGAUAACCAUUCAAGUAUGUAAUAUGGCAUUAUAAAAACAGCAUUUCCACAGACAUAGACUACAAGUGAAUUACGUAAUGCAUGAAUACAAAUAAUAGACAUGUGAACAUGUCACAUGGCACUUUUUCAUCAGUUAUAUAUAGCUGCAUUGUUUAUAAAAAAACACCUAUCCUGUGAUUUUAACACAGCAACUAGACUUGGUAACCAGUAGACUAGUAAAUUGCUCAGCAUAUACAGUGGCAUUAUCCAUUAAGAGAGAUGCUGUAGGUUGUUGUUUGCCAGAUUGCUGUUUUCAGGUCUUUGGCUUUAAUAUAUCUAUUAUUUCCAGAUGUCAGGGGCCAAAGGAUGACCUUAAAUGGACCAUAAGUACAAUACGUAUUUAACAGUAGCAAUCUCUUUGGUUAUUUCUGGAAUUAUUUUCAGUAAAGAUUCAAGCUGACCUGUCUAUUCCUGGAUUGUAAAUGGUUUUUUUUUCCCCUUUAGUAUAAGGUCAGUCAAUGUUUAGUAAGCCUACUGAUAAUUUAUUACAAAACGUUUUUUUACCAGAGUGUGACUCUGUAUCAUGUUUGUGCACUUAUAUAACUGUUAUAUUUGUACAUAAUGUAUUUUGUUCAGACUGAACUUUCAAACUAUUCUUUUCACCAAAGUGUUGUUCCAGGGACGUCUUGCUUGUGUGGUUUUAAUAUUCUGUCAUUUUCCGCACAGAUUUUUAAAAAAAAAAGAAUUGUUCAUGGAAACUCUGCUGGUCAUGACAGAGAACCAUACAGAUGAACUCUGUAUUAUAUUGAGAUUAAAAAGCUGCACUUUA